AUGACCACUACUCUCACAACCGCAUCCUCCCUCCCCCUGGCGGAGUUACGAGACUUCUUCGACCGUCUCGCAGCAGGGGACUACCGCGGCCUUGCCAAGGAGCUCCGCAUUACGCCGGCGAACCCUCUCUACACGCCCAAGACUCCAAGCCAAGCUUCCACCGCAUCCCGGGACGCCAACCACCCGCCCUCAACCACUCACGACGCCUCCCUCCGUCUCCCCCCGGAUGCCUCCUUCGCGUCUCCCAACACAUCCUUCGCAUCCCCAAACGCCUCAUCCCAAUCCAACCCCGACGUCUCCUUCCGCUUCAAACCCUCCGCGGAGCGCAUCCAGCGCGCCGUCGCGCUCGUCCGGGGCGAAAACCCCGACCCGACCGCGGACCCCAAGGGCCGCGGCGCGGCGGCGGACGAGGCGUUCGACUUCACGUUCCGGAUGAUGAUCCACGAGCUGUACUCGCUCGCAGGCUUCCGCGCGCUCGCGGACGACGUCGUGCGCGCGAGCCGCGCGCGGUUCCGCCCGCUCGCGCUCCAGGGCGGCGCGCGCCGCGAGAGCCUGUCGUUCGUCUUCGCCGCGCGCGCGGGGCGCGGGACGGAAGGCGCGCCGUCGGGUGUGACGGCGACUGCUGUUUCGAGGGUCGCUGGGCGUCCCGGUUUCACGGCCACCGAGGAGGACGAGGCGGGGCUCGAGGAUUCUGAGGCCGCUGAGGCCGGGUGUGACCCUGCUCCGGAGGCGGGGGCCCGGUCGGAAUCGGAGAGCUUCGGUUUCGGUUCGAGCGCAGGCUUGGGCUCGCCGGAGUCUGCGCUUUCGUCGGUCGGGCUGCCGCGCACGCCUGGAGGGUGGGAGAUGGAGGACGAGGCGCGGGCGACGAAGAAGCGGAUCACGGGGCGACGGUUGUCGGUCGUCGACCCGUUCGACGACGACGAGCGACGGGGACUGCGGCGGACCUGGGAGUACGACACGAAGGCGGUCGCGUCCGCGGACGGGUGGCUCGACGAGUCGUUCGAGUUCGCGCCGCAGGCAGCGUCGCCGAUGCGUACGGGACCGGCUCGCGAGGACGGCAGCGGCAUGGAUGUGCUGUCAACCCCUGGUGGAACAUUAUACUACUGUGAUACCCUGAUAACGCUGUCCACUACCACCUACUGA